GACGACGCAGCGCCGCUGUCCGCCGCGGCCUGGCGCGGCGCGGGCUCGGCCCGGGCGGAGGUGGCGGCGCAGGGCGCCUCAGCCUUGUCGGUGCCCGCGGUGGAUCCGGGCGCGGCGGGCUGCCGAAAGUCGCUGGCUGCGCGACUGUCACUGCCCGAGCAG